CACAUGUAUGUUGUUGAGAACAUGGAGCAUUAAAAGUUAAGUCACUUGCUAUCAACAGCCUCAUCCUUCAAACACGAACAUGACAUGGUACCAGGAGUAAACUCGACUUGACGACAUGGAUUUAAAAUCACCGGAGAGUUUGAAACUAACGGGGAAUGUCGACGAGAACUGGCGCACCUUCAAACAGCAGUUUCACCUGUACAUUGCGGCUAUGGGACACGAGACAAAGCCGGAGGCGAGAAAGGUAGCGCUGCUGCUAACAAUAGCAGGGCCACAGGCCAUAGAAGUAUUUAACACGUUUGUGUUUGACACUCCUGACGAUAAUGGAAAGUUGGAUGUAGUGCUUAGCAAAUUUGACGCUCACUGUUCUCCGAAGAAGAACGAGACGUACGAAAGGUACGUGUUUCGGUCUCGUACGCAGCGGCAGCAUGAGCCAUUUGAUAGCUUCCUGACGGACUUGCGGCUAAAGGCGCAGUCCUGCAACUUCGCGACGCUGAAGGACUCCAUGAUCCGGGACCAGAUAGUCUUCGGCGUGGAGGAUAAAAAGGUCAGAGAGAGGCUACUACGAGAGGUGGAGUUGACGCUGGCGGGAGCCAUUAAGAUCUGCCAGGCGAGUGAGCUGUCCCAAAAGCACGUGAGGACGUUCAGCGAGAUGUCUGCAGUCGCCUCGGCGCAGAGCGACAACGCGGCAGCGGUAGGAGCAGUGUCGUACCAGCGGAGACAGCGCACACAGACCCGGCCUGCACGGCAGUCGGAGGACGAGAUGAUAAGCUGCAAGCGCUGCGGCACAAAGCACAAGCCCCGACAAUGUCCAGCGUUUGGUAAGCAAUGCUCAAGUUGCCAAGGCAAGAAUCAUUUUGCUAAACAGUGCUUCUCCAAAUGGAAAGAGGGGAAGAAAGGAAAAACUGUAAACAUAGUAGAUGAGCCUGAUCUCAGUGACACGUUCUUUGUUGGCAUGGUAAAUUUGGAAAGUGAACAAAUAAGUAAACCAGACAAUGUAAAUGACGUCACUGGAGAAGAUAAAUGGAUAGCUACUCUAAUGAUAAAUGGGACUGUAGUCACCAUGAGAUUGGACACGGGUGCAAAAGCAAAUCUAAUAAGCAUGUGUGAUGUAAAGGCAAUGAAAAACAAGCCACAAAUAAAAAGAAAAGAAUCUGGACUUAAGGACUACAAUGGACAACCAAUUAAAUGUUUGGGCACAUGCAGGCUGAGUGUCACAGUUAAAGGAAAAGUGCACCACCUAUGCUUCUUUGUUGUGAAUGAGGGACGUGAAUCACUUCUGGGUGACAGAGCCUGUGAAGAACUAGCACUUGUGAAAAGAGUGUAUAGCAUUAUCCCAAAAAAUGACUCGAUGGAAACAAUUGUUCAGAACUUUUCAGAUGUUUUCAAGGGUUUUGGUGUUUUGCCCUUCACAUAUAAAAUACAAUUGAAAGAAGAUGCCCAACCAGUUGUGCAUGCAGCACGCAGAGUUCCAGCCCCACUGAAAGACAGCCUAAAGAAGGAACUCGACAGAAUGAUCAUGCUGGGGGUGAUCAAAAAGGUUAAUGAGCCUACAGACUGGGUCAACUCAAUGGUCAUCACAAAGAAAAAGAAUGGUGAGUUGAGAAUAUGUAUGGACCCUAAAGAUCUAAAUGAGAGCAUUAAGCGUGAACAUUAUCAAAUACCUACACGUGAAGAGAUCAUCAGUGAAAUGUCAGGUGCCAGCUACUUCACAAAGCUUGACGCCUCACAAGGUUUCUGGCAGCUGAAACUGAGUGAAAGCAGCACAAUGUACUGUACCUUUAAUACGCCCUUUGGCAGACACUGUUUUCUCAGACUGCCUUUUGGAAUAAAGUCAGCACCUGAAAUAUUUCACAGAGCGAUGGAGCAGAUCAUCGAGGGCUUGGAUGGAGUUCGAGUCUACAUAGAUGACAUCAUCAUAUGGGGAUCCACAGCCCAAGAGCACAAUGAGAGACUAAGCAGAGUUAUGGAACGCAUAAAAAAGUAUGGACUAAAACUAAACAAAAGUAAAUGUGAGUUUGGUGUUCAGGAGAUCCUUUUCCUUGGAGACAAGCUGUCUGCACGUGGUGUCCAACCAGAUCAAGAAAAAAUAUGUGCAAUACAGAACAUGCCAAGGCCCACAGACAAAACCGGUGUGCUACGCAUCAUGGGGAUGGUCAAUUUUAUAGGUAAAUUCAUUCCCAAUUUGACAGCAAAGACAUCUUGCAUACGAGAGCUUCUGCACAAGGACUGUGAUUUUAAAUGGACAGUGAAACAUGAGCAUGAGUGGCAAAAACUCAAGAACACACUGACUACAGCACCUGUGUUGUCAUUUUAUGACCACACAAAGAGGAUAAAAGUGUCAACCGAUGCUUCCAAAGAUGGUAUUGGUGCCGUUCUACUCCAGGCUGAGGGUGAGCACUGGAAACCGGUAGCCUAUGCAUCUCGGGCUAUGACAAAAUCGGAAUGUCGGUACGCUCAGAUCGAAAAAGAAUGUUUGGGACUGGCAUAUGGUUUGGAGCGGUUUCAUAGCUAUGUGUACGGCCUGCCGUCCUUCACAGUUGAAACUGAUCACCGACCGCUGGUUGCCAUCAUCAAAAAGAAUCUGAAUGAAAUGUCACCGCGGAUUCAACGGUUGAUGAUGAAAAUGCAAAGGUAUGAUUUUGAACUGAUAUAUACUCCAGGUAAACACCUAAUCCUUGCUGAUGCCCUAUCCAGAGCAACUACAGGCGACAGUGUGAGUGCAACAGAUGAGGACAUACAGUGUCAUGUGAACAUGGUGUCUGCUACACUGCCUGUGUCAGACACAAAGUCAAGACAAAUCGCUGAGGCUACAGCAACGGAUGCUGAGUUACAACAUGUCAUGAGGAACAUGGAUGAGGGAUGGCCGGCUGGCUCAUGUCCACUAUUUUAUCACGUCAGAGGUGAGCUCAGUACUGUGGAUGGACUGCUGUUGAAAAAAGGCAGAAUUGUUAUUCCACAGGCUUUGAGAAUGGACAUUUUGCACAGGAUACAUGAAGGCCAUCUCGGCAUUGAAAAAUGCAAAAGGAGGGCGAGAGAGUCGGUUUUCUGGCCCGGACUGAAUAAAGACAUUGAAACACUCAUAAAUAAAUGUGAAACAUGCCAGAAACACAGGAACAAGCAGAGCAAAGAGCCUAUGGUGGUUGCUGAGGUGCCAACCGCACCAUGGCACAAAGUAGGAAUGGACUUGUUUCAUCUCAGAGGUAAAGACUAUUUAGUGGUAGUAGAUUACUACUCAAACUUCCCUGAAAUGGCGCUACUAGCAGGCUUAACGUCAACUUGUGUAAUAACACAUGCUAAAUCUAUAUUCGCCAGGCAUGGCAUUCCACACACUGUAGUGAGCGACAACGGCCCAUGCUUCAGCAGCAAAGAAUGGCAGAAGUUUGCGGUGCAAUAUGAUUUCCAGCAUGUGACGUCAAGCCCACAUUAUGCACAAUCAAACGGGCAAGCGGAAAAAGGAGUUCACAUUCUAAAGCAACUCCUAAAGAAAGCAGCUGACAGUGACUCGGAUCCGUAUCUGGCUUUAUUGAGCUACAGAGCAUCACCUCUUCAGUGCGGACUAUCACCAGCUGAACUGCUGAUGAAGAGGAAGCUACGAACAACCUUGCCGAGUCAUUCAAACAAUAUAAUAAAGCAAAAUAACCCCUCAAAUAUUGAACAUAAGCUACGACAACAGAAGAUGAUGCAAAAGUCAUUUUAUGACAAAACAACCAAGCGUCUUCCUCCACUGACUACCAACAACACAGUCAGGAUUGAGGAUACUGAUGGAUGGAGUACAAAAGCAACAGUCCUGCAAGAAGUUGCUCCAAGAUCGUACACGGUGAGAACUGAUGAUGGACAAAUCCUCAGACGCAAUCGUCGCAGUCUGUUAAAGACUCCUCAAGGGACUGUUGGUGAGCUUAGUGUAACUUGUGGUGAAUCUCAGGUAAUACCCACACCUGUUAUGGACUGUAACGCUGACUGUAACACACCUACUCCAAAUGAACCUGAGUUAAGAAGGUCCACAAGAGAAAUCAAAAGACCUGAUAGACUGAACUUGUAAACAAAGAAAAGUCAAUAUGCAUGUUAAAUAUGUUGAACAAAAUGUAUAUUGAUUGUUGUGAAAGUGUUAUAAAUAGUA